AUGCCAAAUAGAAACGUUAGUUUUCGCGCCGUCCUACUCGCACUCCUCAUCACUAUCCCGAACUCCUACUGGCUCAUGAUUAACUGGGGUCCCAGUGGUUAUGGCACAGGUCAGAGUUUCCCGACUGUCUCCACCGUUUACUUCAACGUCAUUUUUGUUGUGCUAAUCUUGAUGGCGGUAAACCCUUUGCUCCGAGCCAUCGGGAAAAAUGCAAGCCUCACCGAUGCCGAAUUGAUGGUGGUCUACCUACUCGUCUCCAUCGCUUCCUCCAUCGCCGGACACGACACACUCCAGAUACUAUGGCCCCUGCUCACCUAUCCCAUCUGGUUCGCAAGUCCAGAGAAUGAAUGGGGUGAACUGUUCCAUCGCCACAUGCCGGAUUGGCUCACCAUCAAAGAACGGAACGCGCUGGCAACCUUCUAUCAAGGGGACACCUCACUUCACACAGUCCAACAUUUAGAACUCUGGAUGCCCCUCGUGCUGUGGUGGUCAGCCCUUAUCAUCGUGCUAACAUGUAUGAUGCUCUGUAUAACAAUCCUCAUUCGACACCAAUGGGUGAAUCAUGAAAAACUCAGCUACCCCGUCAUUCAGAUCCCACUUCACUUGACAGAAAACGGGGGACGCGUCCUCCUGACCAAUCGGCUGUUUCUGUUAGGGGCUGUGCUUGCAGGCGGGAUGAACCUCCUCAACGGGCUUCAUUUCCUAUUUCCUGUUGUGCCCGGACUGGGUGGAAGCCUCUACAACUUAGGUCAGUAUUUCCAGACAAAACCACUGAACGCCAUUGGCAGGCUCCCCUUCGCCGUUUACCCAUUUGCUAUCGGGAUGAGUUUCUUUAUUCCGUUAGAACUCUCGUUCUCUAUCUGGUUUUUCUACCUCUUCCACAAAAUGACGCGCGUAUGGGGCACGAUGGCAGGCAUCGGACAUCUACCGGGAUUCCCAUUUCUCGAUGCGCAAUCGUUCGGGGCAUGGUUCUGCUUAGGGGAUAUCCGCAAUAUGGCUUACCCGAAAGUUCAUCGCACGACAGGUGAAAAACGCUUUCCGAGGCAGGGAUGUUGA